UGCUCACUCUCUUUGAAAUCACUCUCCUUCGUAUUUCCAAACCCUAGUUUUCCAUUUCUCUCAACCUUAUCCGUUAAACCUUAGCCAUGUCUACUACCUCUGCAACUUCCCUAGCUCUUCCAAUUCUCCAAACUCGACAACCUCUUGGUUCUUCCCAGCGUUUCUCUUCAUCGUUCUGCCUCAACCCUAACUUCAAAUCCAUUUCCAUUUCCGCAGUGUUUCUUCCUUCAACGUUGUCGCUCUCUUCCUCUCGCUUUGUCACCCGUGUAGCCGUCUCCUCUGAGUUCGACCAGGAAGAGGACACCUUCAGCGACGAUGCAGAGACCCGCUCCUUCGCCCCUGACCACAAGGUCUUCGUCGGAAACCUUCCUUUCAGUGUCGACAGUGCCCAGCUCGCUGAGCUCUUCCAAGACGCUGGAAACGUUGAAGUAGUUGAGGUGAUUUAUGAUAAAAUGACUGGAAAUAGUAGGGGAUUUGCUUUUGUGACUAUGUCUUCCGCUGCGGAAGCUGAAGCAGCUGCUCAGCAGUUCAAUAACUAUGAGCUGGAGGGAAGGGCACUGAGAGUAAAUUCUGGACCACCUCCUAAAAACGAGAACCGUGGUUUUAAUGAGAAUCCUCGUUUUAGGAAUAAUUCUUUCAACAGAGGUGGUUCAGAUAGUUACAGAGGUGGUUCAGAUGGUUACAGAGGAGGUGGUUCAGAUGGUUACAGAGGGGGUGGCUCUUCUUCAUACAGCGAAAACCGUGUUCAUGUAGGUAAUCUUGCUUGGGGUGUUGACAACGCAGCACUUGAGUCAUUGUUUCGUGAACAAGGAAGGGUUGUGGAUGCAAAGGUUAUCUAUGAUAGGGAAAGUGGAAGAUCAAGAGGCUUUGGAUUUGUGACUUUCAGCAGCCCUGAUGAGGUCAACAGUGCAAUUCGGUCCCUAGAUGGAGCGGACUUGAAUGGCAGAGCUAUUAAGGUCUCACAAGCAGAUUCUAAGCCCAAGCGCGAAUUUUGAGGAUUUUACCUUUCAUCUAUACCUUAUCAACAGAGGACUUUGGUAGGUGGGAGUUCUGUGCUGCACGACAUCAAUGUUUUCCAACAGUUACACCGUAGCAAAUACCUAAUAGGUUUCAUGGAGAAGAGCUGAUACUCUUGAACUUAAAUCGAGUGCUUAGAUUUGAUUGUUUUUAUUUGAAACUUUUUGUAGUCCGAAUGUUACGGCUUUAUUGUUUAAGUAGAUGAAUCAAAUAUUUAUUGUUUAUCCGUUCCAA